CCGUGGGGGAACACGAGAGAAGGAGAGAUGACCACUCGAAUAGCUCCGGGAGUGGGAGCGAACCUGCUCGGCCAGCACUCCGCCGAGAGGAACCAAGACGCCACCGCCUAUGUCGGCAACCUAGAUCCUCAGGUAAGCGAAGAGUUAUUGUGGGAGUUAUUUGUUCAGGCAGGUCCUGUUGUAAAUGUAUAUGUUCCAAAAGAUAGAGUCACUAAUCUCCAUCAAGGGUAUGGCUUUGUGGAAUUCAGAAGUGAGGAAGACGCUGAUUAUGCAAUAAAAGUACUUAAUAUGAUUAAACUUUAUGGGAAGCCAAUAAGAGUGAAUAAGGCUUCACAAGACAAGAAGAGCUUGGAUGUAGGUGCUAACCUCUUUAUUGGGAAUCUUGAUCCUGAUGUGGAUGAGAAACUUUUAUAUGAUACUUUCAGUGCAUUUGGAGUCAUAGUUACAAAUCCCAAGAUAAUGAGAGAUCCCGAGACAGGGAAUUCGCGUGGUUUUGGUUUUAUUAGCUAUGAUUCUUUUGAGGCAUCUGAUGCAGCAAUAGAGGCAAUGAAUGGCCAAUACCUUUGCAACAGACAGAUAACUGUAUCCUAUGCGUACAAGAAAGACACUAAGGGGGAGCGACAUGGUACUCCAGCAGAGAGAGUUUUGGCUGCCAGCAAUCCAGGCGCCCAAAAGAGUAGACCACAUACCUUGUUUGCAAGCGGACCCCCAACGCUUUCCAACGUGCCUCAGGCCAAUGGAACCAUGGCUGCCCCAAUGCCACCUCGCCCGUUCGCAAAUGGCUCUGUUCCUCCGGCACCAAUUCCACCACCCGCUCAGGCUGGCGUCUUCCCUCCCAUGCCAAUGUCUGGGCCGCCGUCUUGGCAGGGGCAGCCGCUGCAUCCAGGUCACGGAGUACCUGGCAUGCCACCGCCGCCUCUUCAGCAUUUCAGGCCGCCUCCCCCAAGCAUGCCGCCACCACCUCCUCAGAUGGCUCCGGGGCUGGCAAGGCCGCCUCCACCGCCAACUGGGAUGGCAGUGCCUCCACCUAUUUGGCGGCCGCCACCGCCACCUCAGCAGCUGUCUGCAAGGCCCCCGUCAAUGCCACAUCACAUGUCAAUGCCGCCGCCACCUCCGCCCAAUAUUCCGCCGCCACCACCUCCUGCAGUAGGCUGAAAGUUCGAUCCAAAGACUGUAGGCUUAAAAUUGUUUUGUGAAACCCAUUUCUGAUUGUCAUCGUCUAACUUGCGAGUGUUGUUUUUGACACUUCAGUCAGAAUCCUAUAGAUGGUAAAUGCAUCUAGUCUUGCCUUUGAA